AUUCCUAUGAUAGUUAUAUUCUGAAAAUUCACGACUAAAAUCAUGUGGUGGGUGAUUAUACUAAUCCUUGGACUAACUGCCAUCGACGUGGUUGUAUUUGCUGCUCGGGGCGUCGUGCAAAGUUCUUCUCAAAAACUUGCACCCCUAGUCGAUAUUACGAGCGUCGAGGGUCAAAACGUCGAAUUAUCCUGCGACAUAUCACCGCCGAUACACGACAAGCUCCACAUGGUGCUUUGGUACAAAAACGACGACGGAGUUCCGAUAUACAUAUUCGACGUUAGGGGUAGAUCGUUGGAACACGCGGAGCACAAGUCCGAGUUGUUCGGUAGUCGGGCAUAUUUCAGAACCGCCGUCCAACAGCCGGCCGUGCUUGUUAUCGAUCAGAUAAAACGACACGACGCAGCAUCGUACAGAUGCAGAGUCGACUUCCGGAAGGCGCAGACGAGGAGCUUCCGGUACAACCUGACAGUAAUCGUGCCCCCCGAGAUACCGGCCAUUUUGGACAGAUGGGGUCGUGUCCUGAACGGCAGUGUCGGCCCUUACCAAGAGGGUGACGAAUUGCUGCUCAACUGUCGGGUAAUUGGUGGUAAACCACCGCCGCUUGUCAGAUGGCUGAUCAACGGAAUUGUCAGGGAUCAGGAAUCGGAAAUUCGAGCGGGUGACGUAAUCGAAAACAGGUUGACGUUGUCAUCGAUAAGCCGUUCAGAUCUCGGCACAAGAUUCACCUGCCAGGCACUCAACACAAAACUCGUUGAGCCUAAAACAGCUUCGCUCGUCCUCGAAAUGAAUCUCAAGCCGUUAACGGUGAAGAUAAAAAAACCUGGAUCAACAGCGACGCUUAUUAACAACGGAAUUGGCGAGGCUCUCAGGGCUGGCAAGCUGUACAAGGUCGAAUGCGAAACAACCGGAUCCAGGCCUCCGGCCAUCAUUACUUGGUACGAGGGACAGAAGCUCCUGAUGGGCGACAAGAGAAAACCCUGGGAGGAAGAAACUCGGGAGAAUCGUACCGUCAGUCUGCUCAGCUUCCAGCCGAGGGUCGAGGACAAUGGAAAAACCAUCACUUGCAGGGCUGAGAAUCGGAACGUGACGGGUCUACACUUGGAAACUUCCUGGGUCAUAAACGUCGAAUAUCCACCAAUCGUUUCGCUGAGAUUGGGAUUAACUUUGAGCCCCGAGGACAUCAAGGAAGGGGUUGACGUGUAUUUCGAGUGUCACGUCAAGGCAAAUCCGCCGUGGAGGAAGCUAACCUGGUAUCACAACAACGAGUUGCUGGUCCACAAUUCGUCGGCGAAAACCAUAAUAUCGAACCAGAGUCUGGCCCUUCAAACAGUGACGAGGGGCAGUGCUGGUCUUUACGUUUGCGCAGCGAGCAACGAUCUAGGUGAAACGAGAAGCGAGCCGCUACCUUUCAGAGUGAAAUUUACCCCCGUCUGCAAGGACGAAAGGGUUAUUGUUGUCGGAGCUUCGAAGGGCGAGUCGUUGGACGUCGUGUGUCGGGUCGAAGCACAUCCGCCUGCCCAUAGCUUCCGGUGGAAGUUCAACAACAGCGGAGAGACUCUAGAAGUCGUUUCCAGCACUCAUCGGGUAUCAAACAACGGAGUCAGCAGCACCCUUAGGUACACCCUAAGCAGCGAACGCGAUUACGGCACACUUAGCUGCUGGGCAGACAACGCGGUCGGAUCGCAAACCAAACCAUGCCUGUUCCAACUGGUUGCCGCCGGAAAACCUUCCCCGGUGAGAAACUGCUCGUUGGCAAAUCAGACUUACACGAGCGUUGAAGUGCGUUGUGUGCCAGGAUACGAUGGCGGUUUGCCACAGCGUUUCGUCCUCGAGGUUUUCCACGGCGACAUUGACUUCUUAUCGAGCACCCAACCCCUUUAUAACGUUUCGAAUCUCGAGGAGCCAGUUUUUUCCCUUGCUGGCAUUGAGGCCACCGUCGAUGCUGGUGUUCACGUCGCCGUUUACGCCGUCAACGCCAAGGGGCGAAGCACCGCCAUCGUACUCAGCGAAGUCACCUUCAGGGACGCUGAGAAACGAACCGGUCAGCAUUCCGGUAUGGCUAUGUCACCAUUGAUAGGAGUGGCUGUGGGAGCGGCGGUUACUCUGGGAUCAGUCGUCUUAGUCGUGAUGAUAAGAGCACGACGAGAGCGAGUCUCGAAGCCCCGAAAUCACGAGAAAACGACGGAAAUAAACGAAGUUCCAAACUCCCAGCAGUACCCCCUACAAAACAUUCAAACGACCAUCGAAACCGACCCUGAUGUCAUUCCAAAUAAAUUUGAAGGCGGCGGUAACCUGGUCGAGGUCAGUCCGCCCAGCUAUCAGUGUCAGAUCGUCGGCUACCCACCGGGUCAAUGGGUCACCCCAGGACCAACGCCCAGCAUAGACGAGCUCUGCCAAAAGUUCGCCGGCCGUCCUACGGAGCUGAGGCUACCAUCGAGGAGCACCAUACCCUGCAUGCCUGGGGUCGUCGUCUGCGGUGGUCAGGGUGUCAUCGUCGCCGGCGAAUGCCUUGACGGCGAGGCGAUCAAGAGGCGUCUGAUGGCCAACAGGCUACCGGAGAGCUGCGUCUAGGAACGCUGGAACAAUAUCGGGAUAAUUCGUUAUUCGAUGUAUAAGCGAUUAAUAAUUUUAUUAAAUUCAGGGAUAACGAUGAAGGACGAUUCUGAAGAGGGGGAGGAAGAAAUUUUCGUGCUUUCAGUGAAUAAUAUGAGUAAUAUAGCCAAGAGAUUAAAAUAAGUUAAUAAACAAAUAAGACUAUUAUCAUUUUAUCAAGCGAAAGUGUCGCGAAAAAUUUUACAAGUUUUUAUACUUUUUUUUUUUUGUUUCGUUACAACUUUUCAACCUACCUAGUGAUUUUUUUUUUUUUUUUUUUUUUGGACGGGUUUUUUAGCAUCGUGGUAUUGUUGAUCCCGAGUUUUAGUUUGUCGAUCGUAUCGAAACCUCGUAUUAGGAAAAUCAU